CAACGUCAUUGAAUGACGUUUCAAAUUUUGUCGUAUAUAGGCUUUGCGGUUACAUCGUGAAAAUUUUCUUCCAUCAAAAUUUGAAAUAACAAAAAAAAAAAAACAAACACCUUCCAUCGCUGAUCAUCGAAGAUGCAAACUACGAACGAACGAUACCAAGUCCUAUUCGAGGUCUUCGAACAUGCGCUGAACGAUGAAUGAAAAUGUAUCUCAUCGCCUUUCGGUCAACUUCCUCAAACUCACAUGGCUCCAGAUAAAAAAUGCCUCACCGGCAUCACCGUCGUAAGCGAAAGUCUUCGGGACAACGUGCCGACUUCCACCACUCGAGACAAGAUACGAGGCGUCUGCGCUUAUCUUGGAAAUUUGUCGAGACACAACACGCCGAAUAAGUAUCAGCCGUGUCCGGUACCCGCACAUGGAAGUGGUUGCGGUGCGCUUCUUCGAUACAAUCGAAAACGUAAAAAGACCGAAUCGGAUUUAUUGGCUGGCCGCGAGCUGCAGAAUGCUGACGACGAACCGCCGCAAGCGAAGACUAAACCGAAAUCUAGCUCGUUGGACAAGGAGCCGUGUUUCUGCAGUGCGAAAAUCGCGAGCGCAGGGAUUAACAACAAUCGACAACGUAUCUUGAGACGAAAGAGGGCAAAAUCGAAAACUCCGGAUACUAAAAUUCCAGUCAGGAUUACGGAUGAAACAAUCAACACGGAAUGUAGAAAACCACCGGAAACCACUGCAGCCGUACCGGCGCCUUCUCCACCCGCGGUCUCCCAUCGAGAAGCUUUUCGAAAAGAUCGUCGUCGAGAUUUGAGCAGCCUAGUAAAAUCCGUGGUUAAAAGAACCGACGAACCUGUUUGGCGUAGCGUGAUUGGACAGAAAACUUUGAUCGGGAAUGAAGUUAACCCUUCGUCGAAAGCCUCGGCGGCUCGACACAAUGUCAAAAAUAUAAUGGGCCUGACGAGUGAUCACGAAAACCGGGGUAACAAAUUGUCAAAGAAUAAGAUCGUCAAGGUAUUGUGGCACGCCACUAACUAUAAAGAUCCCGAUUAGGGGUGAAAAAAAAAAAAAAAAACGGAAAACGGAUAUUAAAAUACAUUGCUGGAUG